CACCCCUCAUCCAGCUCCACACGGCACACACCACCCCGACCCCCAAGACAGACACGACACGCGCGCGUCGGCCUCACUACCAAACUUCCUCCAUCCCUCGCCCGCCCGGACGCGCACGGCGCGCGACAGACGCGCACCGCGUCCCCUCCCCGGCGAAGCCCUCUCGGCCGAGCCCACGCGCCCCGCCGGUCUGGCGGCGGAGGACAUGAAGCCCCGGGACCUGCUGGAGCGGAUCAGGCGGCCCUUCGCCUCCCGCCGCGGGUCGUCGGCGUCGGCGCGGCGGGAGGAGGAGGACCUGGAGGCCAUCGCGGCGCGGGAGCAGCGCGCGUUCCGGUACGAGGCGCUGGCGGCGGCCACGCGCAACUUCUCGGAGAAGCAGAAGCUCGGGCAGGGCGGGUUCGGCCCCGUCUACCUGGGCCAGCUCCCCGACGGCCGGGACGUGGCCGUCAAGCGGCUGGGCGCCGGGUCCAGGCAGGGCGCGCGGGAGUUCAAGAACGAGGCCAACCUGCUGUCCCGCGUCCAGCACCGCAACGUCGUCAACCUGCUCGGCUACUGCGCCCACGGCGCCGACGAGAAGCUGCUCGUCUACGAGUACGUCCCCAACGAGAGCCUCGACAAGAUCCUCUUCUCCGCCGCCGCCCCGCCGCCCACCGCCAGCAGCAAGACGCACUCCGGCAGCAGCAGCGACGGCCACAGGCCAUUGCGGGCGGAGCUGACGUGGCCGCGGCGGCUGGAGGUGGUGGUGGGCGUGGCGCGGGGGCUGCUGUACCUGCACGAGGACGCGCACACGCCCAUCAUCCACCGCGAUAUCAAGGCCAGCAACAUCCUCCUCGACGAACGCUGGGUCGCCAAGAUCGCCGACUUCGGCAUGGCCCGCCUCUUCCCGGAGGCCGGCGACGGCCGCUCCCACGUCCAGACCCGCGUCGCCGGCACCAACGGCUACAUGGCGCCCGAGUACCUCAUGCACGGCCACCUCUCCGCCAAGGCCGACGUCUUCAGCUUCGGCGUCCUCGUCCUCGAGAUCCUCUCCGGCCGCAAGAACUCCUCCUUCAUCCCGCCGCCUCGAUCCAGCGCCGACAACCUCCUCGAUUACGCCUGGAAGCUGUACAAGGAGGAGCGCAGCAUGGAGCUGCUGGACCCGUCGGUGAAGUCGUCGGCCGCGCCGGACCAGGUGCUCAUGUGCGUCCGCAUCGGGCUGCUGUGCGUGCAGGCGGACCCGCGGCUGCGGCCGGACAUGAAGCGCGUGGUGAUCAUCCUCUCCAAGAAGCAGAGCACGCUAGAGGAGCCGACGCGGCCCGGGGCGCCCGGGUCGCGGUACCGGAGGAGGGCGCACGGCCUGCGCAGCUCGUCGCAGUACUCCGACGGGUCGUCGUCGGGCACGACCCCGUCGACGUCGCAUGCGUCCGCGUCCGCGUCGGCAUCGGCAUCGGCGUCGAACGCGAUGACGACGUCGAGCACGCGCACCUUGCGGAGCCGGGGGCUCCCGUCGCAACGGGAAGAGCAGGAGUUGCCCAACGACAGCUGAAGCCUGACUGCCUGAAGCUCACUGUAGAUAUGUCCAUUCUUUUUCGUCUCGUCUCUUUUCGUGUCUGCUCGGAGAUUCUAGACUAGAUAGUAUGAUUAUUUUGGUAGUGGGUAGGAAGAAGUAGAAUGAUCGGCCGGAUUAUUUUAGGGUGAUGCUACUACGAGUAGUUCGUAGCCGGAGGAAAAUGACUGAACUGUCGGCCGAUCGAUUACUGGCGGUGACAGGGAAUGUGCAUAGCAAAUGGAGAGCGAUAAAUCUCGUGUUUUAACGUAGAACUAUUGUUCUAAUAGUUCUACGGUUGGUGCUUAAAAAAAAAAUCCUGUGUUUACAACA